GUGUAAUUACCUAUCUGAGCGACAAGAUAUCACAACAGGGAAGGAGUCCUGUCUGACCCAGGAAGGUUCCAGCCAUGUCAAGCAAGGAACAGAAGGCCAUGAAGAAAACUGCCAAGCGCCGGAGGGUAGAUAAGACCCUCCCAUCAGAUGACUCCAAGAACCCACUUGCAGUCAAACCUGGGGACAAUGCAGCAGUUGGUACCAGUGAGAUGGGCAGCCAUUCCUCAGGAUCAGACGUGCAAGAGGCCAGGGAGCCUGUUCAGAAGAGGAUGCAGGAUUUCAAAGGUGAUGUUACCAGGUUUCUUGUGGAAAAGAGGAAGCAGUUUGAAAAGGAUGUAAAUGCCUCUUUCAGAAGCCUGAAUGAAAACCUCCAGGGUAUUUUGAAAGCUCAGCAGAAGUCAAGGCAGGAGCUCAAGUCCUUGUACUGUGAAAGGUUUGAGUCCCUGCACCAGAAGUGGCUGGAUGAGGUGGACAGCACGAGGGACCAAGAAGAACACCUCAGUUUUAUAACACAGCAUCAAAUGAAGAUUUUACAGAUGGCUAUAAUGGAUCAUGGAACCAAGCUUGAAUAUGCUAAAGAUAUGUGUGACACAUUUUUGAAGAAAGCCAAGGACUUGAGUAAACAUGAGGAAACCUUUAUUGGUGGUCAGCAAACUAAAGUGGAGAAGGAAAUCUCCAAGGUGCAGGACAGAGUUAUCAUGGAAAGUCAAGAGCAAGAUGUAUCCGUUGUUGAAACAUACCUUCAGUCCCUGAUCUUUGACCUCUCUGAAGAAACCAUCUGAAGCUCACACACAGGAUGCACGGGGAAGGGAGGUUAGCCACACUAAGACGACAUUAGUGGUAGUCAGUGCAGCUCCUUUCUCUUUACCUUGUUUGUUACAUUUGAGACUGAGACUCUGUCAACCAUUAUGUGAACCCCCAGCAGUUCUGUGAGUAGCAACAGUUAAGUGUGGAACGUCCAGGCCCAUGACAGCAAGGGAGAUAGAUACAUUCUGCCAAGUAGUGGCAGGUUCAUUUUGGAAGCGAAUGUCAUUUGAUUUUUGUGGUUGGUUCUCUGUCACUUCCCCAAAGUGAAUGUUACCUUACUUA